CCAAAGUGAACCCUGUUGUGACUGGGACAGAAAGCUGGCAUUCCGCGAUGGAAAACCAGGCCGCAGUGUAUUGGUGCCCAGCUGGAGGAGGAAUUGAAGGGAUGCUGCCAGCUAGCUUUUCAACCGGGCCCUGCCAGUUUCAGCCUUUCCAGCAGCCGGGGAGCAGCCUGGUAGUUGAAGUUUUAGAGAGAGCUGCUGCUGACUCAAGAUACAGUGUCUCUGCCACUAUCAUGACAGAUAGCAGUGUUAGACAAGACAUUCAAACCAUAACUGAACACACAGCUAACGAGAAAGAAGCCUCGGCAAAAGACCCUGUGAAACCAAGUGGCCUUCUCAAUGGAUCAGAGGUGAGCGACCUGUCAUCUGUAAACGCCAUGAUGUCAGCAGUGAUGAGCACAGCUCAUGUUGUGGAAAAUGGGGAGAAUCUCCAGAACACUAAAUCACCAGGGAAAUGUCAACCUUCAAACCGAAUUGGCAGAAGAAAUCAGGAAUCUAAGGAGGAGAAGUCAUCAUACAUAUGCCCACUGUGUGAAAAAGUCUGCAAUUCACAGCACCAACUUACUAUGCACAUUCGUCAGCACAACACUGACACUGGAGGCACCGACCAUAGCUGUAGUAUAUGUGGGAAGGCUCUCAGCUCAGCAAGUUCACUUGACCGCCACAUGCUUGUCCACUCUGGAGAGAGGCCUUACAGAUGCUCGAUGUGUGGGCAGUCCUUCACUACUAAUGGGAACAUGCACAGACACAUGAAGAUUCAUGAGAAAGACCCAAAUGCUGCAAUAACUACAAGCCCCCCAUCCCCUCUAAAAAGGAGGCGGCUGACAUCCAAAAGAAAAUCCAAUCCUGAGGAGGAAGUAGAGAAGGAUGACGCACCUCCAGCAAAAAAGGUGGUUGAGGAAGUUCAGCAUGUUGAACCAUUGAAAAAGGCAGAAGAUCUCAUUCCCUGCCCGAUAUGCUUUAAAGAAUUUCCGUGCAAAUCUUCUCUGGACACUCACAUGGAGAUACAUCCAGAAGCCUCUUUAAAGUGUGACAUGUGCUGCAUUUCAUUUCGCACCCAUCGAGGUCUGCUGCGCCACAAUGCUGCAAUCCACAAGUUACUCCCCAAAGACCCUUCAGGGAAGCCUUUUAUUCAAAACAACCCUUCCAUCCCUGCAGGCUUUAAUGAUUUGGGCUUUACAGACUUCUCUUGCAACAAGUUCCCUAUCAUUUCUCAGGUCUGGUGUGAAACCAACUUACGUAGAUGCAUCAGUGAAUUGCACAGUUUCGUCUGUGAAACCUGCAACAAGGCAUUUCCAAUGCCAUCUGCUCUCAAACUGCACAUGAAAACCCACAAAAAAGAUCAGGUAGCUAAUGAGCACAAAACUGAAGACUCAUUUGAGGAUAGUCAAGACCAGAAAUCUUUUAUGGCAGCCUUGGGUCUGCAACACACCAAAGACAUGAAGCCAGACAGUCAGGAGGAUAAUUCACUGGAAAGUGCCCAUGGUUCGCAUAGUGAAGCUAUGAAGAGCAGCCUACCUCGUGAGCUUGGUAGCAGCACAACCAUGCUGAAGUUAUCCCCCAUAGAGGCAUCUUCUGUGGGUGGACCUUUCGCAGUACUGCCACCAACAAGAGAGAACCUAAAAUUACUUUCUCUGCAGCCUUUUCAAAAGGGCUUUACUGUACAGCCUGAUAACAGUAUUGUAGUAAAACCAAUCUCUGGAGAACUAGCUGAUAUUCAGCAAAUAUUGAAAAUGGCUACUUCUGCAUCUUCUCAAAUCAGUCUUCCACCCAUGUCUAAAACGUCUCCUGCUGCUUUCAAACAUAUGCCACCUCUUAAGCCAAAGCCACCAGUGACCCCUCGUAUGGUUGUAGCUGCCUCAACACCGCCAUCUGUAGUUGCAAAUCAGCAGGCUUCUCCAGGCUGUAUCAGCCCAAGCCUUCCUCCCCCACCCCUAAGAAUAAUAAAAAACAUAGUGGAAUCUUCCACAAGCGCUAUAUAUUUGCAAUCUAGAUCUGGAGUGACCGGCAGUUCCUCUGCUCAGAAUUCCCAAGUACCCACCUCCGAAUCUUUGAGUCAGCAAGACCUGAAGACUCAGCUAGAGCAGGACAGUAUUAUAGAAGCCUUGUUGCCUUUGGAUUUGGAGGCAAAGAUCAAACAAGAAGGAGCUGAAGGAGAUCAGAAAUCAUUUAUCCCUGGAUCAAAUGGCAAGAAAACAACCCAAGCUAAAAAAGUAUUGUAUCCUUGUAGUUUCUGUGACCAGGUUUUUACAUUCUCUGGUGUUUUGAGAGCUCAUAUACGUACUCACUUGGGGAUUUCGCCUUAUCAGUGUAAUAUAUGUGACUAUAUUGCAGCUGACAAAGCAGCACUCAUACGGCAUCUUCGAACACACAGCGGUGAAAGGCCAUACGUAUGUAAAAUCUGUCAGUACCCUUUUACUGUUAAAGCAAACUGUGAGCGACACCUGCGUAAGAAGCACCUAAAAGUCACCAGAAAAGAUAUAGAAAAGAAUAUUGACUAUGUAUCCACAAACAAAUCUGAAAUGGUUGAUGCUCUCUGUUCUCCAGAUACUGUUUGCAAAUGCUGUGGAGAGGACUUGAAAAGCUAUCGCGCACUUCAUAUACAUAUGAGGAGCCACACCAAUUUUCAGAAAAAGAAACCGUUUCACUGCAAAGAAUGUGGCACGGCCUUUUCUGCCAAAAGAAACUGCAUUCACCACAUUCUUAAACAGCACCAGCAUCUACAGGAGAAGGAAAUUGAGAAACAUAUUUUGUGUCAGUCCUUUAGUCCAGAGCAAACUAGAUCAGACACUCCGCUUUUGGAGGAUAGCACUUACCUCGAUCGUAAAGCGACCACAUCUUAUGUGGAACCACAGAAUGGAUUUCUUCAUGGGGGAAUAUCUACUUUUAAACUUGAACCUACUGCCAGUUUUCCUAUGGAGCUUGAUGAGCCCUUGGACUUUUCUCAAAAGAGCAAGAACCCCAUUGGGUUCCAUGUGAAAGAGGAGAACAUGUACAACUCGUCUCUUGCCUCCUAUGAUUCCUCCAUGGAACCUAUUGACCUCUCUAUGCCUAAACAAAUAAAAAAGGACAAAGAUAACUCGCAAGUACAAGCAAAAACACAGGAGCAAAUGAGCAGCCCCAUUGGACAACUGUACAAUUGCCAGCCAUGCCCAUUUCCCAUAAGUGCCAAUGAAAUCCUAGAAAAAACUGCAACUAUUACACAUUCCAAACCAGUGAAAACCCCUGUGCAUUUGACUGUCCCAGUCAUUUCUCCCGCUGUUCUUGGAAGUGCAACUAUCCUUCGCCCAUUGAGGCCUAAGCCACCUCCUCUCUUGCCAAAGCCUCUGGUCUCAAAAGAACUGCCACCCCUGGCUUCCAUUGCACAGAUAAUUUCUUCUGUAUCCUCUGCUUCUACUUUACUGAAAACGGACGUGACAGCCACUUCUCAGGCUCCUGCCAACUCAUCAGCCACUGACAAACCUGUGGCAUCCAAGGCGACAAUCCAUCAGAAAGAACCCAUGGUUUCCAUUGAUGCGCCUCAAACUAGUAAAACCUCUGCAAGCCCAGCUGACAACAGUACAGCUGCUGCUUUAGUCAUAGGAGCAAAGAAAAGAGGCCGAAAGAAAGGAACAAAAAAUAAACCUAAAAUGCCUGCUGGUAUAGACCUGGAAUCAAGUGGUGAAUUUGCAAGUGUGGAGAAAAUGUUGGCCACAACCGACACCAACAAAUUCAGCCCUUAUCUGCAAUCCACUGAAGACAUUAAAGAUUCUAUGGACAAAAAUGGCACCAGUGAGGAUGAGAGAGAUAGUGGUGAAGAAAAAAGGGGAAAGCGAAAUUCCUACUCUAACUCCUUACAAAAAAUAACUUGCCCUUAUUGCCCACGUGUUUUCCCCUGGGCCAGCUCCCUGCAGAGACAUAUGCUGACUCACACAGGUCAGAAACCCUAUCCCUGUGCACAAUGCGAUGCCUACUUUUCUACCAAAUCUAAUUGUGAACGCCAUCUCUUACGCAAACAUGGAGUUGCCAACCUCUCCUUGCGAAGAAACGGUCUGGUGGCCCAGUCUAAAGAAAGUGAUGCUGGAUCACACGAUAGCACAGAUAGUCAAUCUGAUGCCGAUUCAUCAGCUGUAGAAGCUGAUGUGCUAGACCUGACAUCUGGGGGCAGAGAGAAAGGAGAGCAAACCGAAGUUACAGAAAGCGAGCAGGUGUCCACGAACAAGCAGACUGAAGAGCUAACACUAGAACUGGAGAAAGACAACCAGGAUGAACAUGAAGAGAUAGAGGAUGAUGCUGUGAGCAACAAAAGCCUAGAUCUCAAUUUUGCAAGUAAGCUGAUGGACUUCAAACUGUCACCCAAUGAGCAGGCUACCGGCAACUCUUGUGAUAUUUGCGGGAAGAGUUUCAAGUUUCCUGCUACCUUAGGCAGGCACAUGAAGGCACAUUCGUGUGAAAGCAGUAAUCAAGAGAAAAGCAGUGAACAUGCAUGCAAAGAUCCAUCAACUCCCACCGGUAACCUGACUAAUCAGGAUCCCUCAAUGGAUUCUGAAGACCAGGAAGAGGAGCUGCCAGUUGACCUCAAGGUGUCCAAAUCUCCUGUGGAAUUUGAGCAAGCUGAACAUAAAGCAGUUGGUGAAGGCGUCUCAGAAGACAAAGUCGAAAAGUCUUUCGACAAAAGUGAUGACGACAAAGACUCCAAGAGUGAGACCAAAGGGACAAAAGCGGACAAAAGAAAGAAGAUAUGCAACGUUUGUAGCAAGCGUUUCUGGUCCCUCCAGGAUCUCACAAGACACAUGAGAUCACACACAGGUGAACGGCCUUACAAAUGUCAGACAUGUGAACGCACUUUCACUCUAAAGCACAGUCUGGUACGCCACCAGCGGAUCCAUCAGAAAGCAAAGGAUGUAAAGAGCCAGUGCAGGGACAGUGAUAAAGAGGAGAAACAGCAUAGGGGUGAGGAGGAAAGUGAUACCGAGUCCCUGCAGAGCAGCACACAUCAUACAUCAGAAAAUGAAUGUGACACACCAUCAUGUCUUAACAGCCACGCUGUAACCAGAAGCAAAAAAAGUGCUGCUGAGGAAUCAUCUCAAAAAAACGAAGCUUCUCCCGGGAAUAAGAGCCCAAAGCAAGAUGCAGGGGGGGGAUGUUAGAGACUCAGACA